CUGAACGAAGCUGAGAGCAUCAUGAGCGUGAUACAGGUUGCUUUCCUUCUGCUUGUAAGACCACUCCUCUCUCCUCUCUUUCGAUCACCCCCACUGAUGAUCCUCCUCUCCGGUACCGGGGACAGAGUCUCGCGCUGCGCUCGUGGGAGCCUGAGGGACUGGAUCCGCUGUUUUACUGCGCCGGAUUUUGAUCCAUCAAACAGAAAUAAGGGACAAGAUGGAUAGAAUACAAGAAGAAACGCGCGGGCCGUAGCUACAGACUCUAUCCCGUCACGACAUGUCACUUGUCAUGACAGAGCCGUCUAUGAGCUUCACUGAAUAUGCGUAACGAGAGAAGCAGAUACGAUUUAAUCGUUGGCAGUGAACUUGAAUUUCCAUUCCUCCACAUUAAUGGGAGGACAUGGCUCAACACACAUAUUCCUAAAUGCUUUGGAACAUAAUUCUUCUUUUGCGUCAUCUCAGUAAGACAUCAGUAGAGCAGUUUGUCAGUGCACAGCGCAUUAUGACCGUUCAGUGCUGCAUUGAUGCAAGGGAAACGCUGGAGCGGAGGACAGACCGAACCGUCGUGUGAUGUGACUCGUGUCUCGGCACCAGAUCAGUCCUGGGAUUACUGCUGGAGUACCAAACAAUCUGUAGAAAUAGUCUAAUGGACAAUUACUCAACGCUUCAGUUGCAGUGUCUGGAGAUGACUACUAAGAGGAAGAUCAUCGGCCGCCUGGUGCCCUGUCGAUGUUUCCGGGGGGAGGAGGAGGUCAUCUCAGUGCUGGAUUAUUCCCACUGUAGCUUGCAGCAGGUCCCUAAGGAGAUCUUCAGCUUCGAGCGCACGCUAGAAGAGCUCUACCUUGACGCCAACCAGAUUGAGGAGCUGCCUAAGCAACUCUUCAACUGUCAAGCGCUCAAGAAGCUGAGCAUGCCUGACAAUGACCUCUCCAACCUGCCAACCACCAUCGCCAGCCUUGUGAAUCUAAAGGAGUUAGAUAUUAGUAAAAAUGGUAUUCAAGAGUUUCCAGACAACAUUAAAUGCUGUAAAUGUCUAUCAGUUGUGGAGGCCAGUGUAAAUCCUAUAGCCAAGCUCCCAGACGGGUUCACCCAGCUCCUCAACUUGACACAGCUCUUCUUAAAUGACGCCUUCCUUGAAUACCUGCCUGCAAAUUUUGGGAGAUUAUCUAAAUUACGGAUCCUGGAGCUUCGUGAGAAUCAUCUGAAAACUAUGCCAAAGUCAAUUCAUAGGCUGUCGCAACUGGAGCGGUUAGACUUGGGAAGCAAUGAAUUCUCUGAACUGCCAGAUGUGCUGGAGCAGAUCCAUAGUUUAAAAGAGCUGUGGUUGGACAACAAUUCAUUACAAACCAUACCAGGGUCUGUUGGGAAACUGAGGCAGCUGCGAUAUUUCGACUUGGCCAAGAACAGGAUUGAGAGUCUAGAUGCAGAUAUCUCUGGCUGUGAGUCCUUAGAGGAUCUACUCCUCUCCUCCAACAUGCUGCAACAGUUACCUGAUUCAAUAGGAAAGUUGAAAAAAUUGACAACAUUAAAAGUUGAUGACAACCAGCUCACCUCACUGCCUAACACCAUUGGAAGUGCACGUGGCAAAACCGGUUUAUCACUUUUAGAGGAGUUUGACUGUAGCUGUAAUGAACUGGAAUCCCUGCCUCCCACCGUUGGCUACCUGCACAGUCUUCGGACAUUUGCGGCCGAUGAGAACUUCUUGACUGAGCUGCCCAGGGAGAUUGGAAACUGCAAGAAUGUCACAGUCAUGUCCUUGCGCUCCAAUAAACUGGAGUUUCUGCCUGAUGAGAUUGGACAGAUGACAAAGCUACGUGUUCUCAAUCUAAGUGACAAUAGGUUAAAGAAUCUUCCCUUCACUUUCACUAAAUUGAAAGAUCUUGCUGCACUCUGGUUAUCUGACAAUCAGUCCAAGGCCCUUAUCCCCCUUCAAACAGAGGCUCACCCUGAGACCAAACAGAGAGUCUUGACCAACUACAUGUUUCCUCAGCAGCCCCGGCACGAUGAGGAUUACCAGUCUGACAGUGACAGCUUUAAUCCCACUCUCUGGGAGGAACAGAGACAGCAGAGGAUGACAGUGGCAUUUGAGUUUGAGGACAAGAAGGAAGAAGAGGACAACUCAGGAAAAGUGAAGGUUGAGAUUAAUUUGAAGCGCUAUCCCACCCCUUACCCAGAAGACCUAAAGAACAUGGUGAAGUCAGUGCAGAACCUGGUUGGUAAAACCACUCACACCCUCAACACUGAAAAAUGUUCUUCUGGGACCAAUAUGGAUCUCCACAGCCAAGACAAGUAUGAGCCCAAGUGGCCCAUUGCUCCUAAGGAGGUGACAGAGCGAGAGGUCAAAGACUUUUCGAAACCACCGAUGUCUGAUCAAGGCAUCAUCCUCAACUCAGCCAUUGACAUCCCAAAACGCAAAGACAAAGAGGAUCUGACUGAGAGCUCGGAAAUUUCUUUACAUCGCGUCGUUCCCAAGCCUCAACAGCCAGAGAAUACGAGCCUGGCCGUUACUUCCUCUUCCUGUUUCUGCCUCAUAGACUCCAUGGGAGGCUCCCCUAAUGAUAUCCGAAUUUCUGACAUGAGGCCGACUUUGGUAGAGCCACCAAUGUACAAACCAAAGGUUGUGUUACUGGGCAAGGAAAAAAAAGAGUCCACCGAUGAGUCUGAGCCAGACAAAAUGCAUUGUUUGAACAACAGUGGAUCAUCUGCCACUUAUUCAGACUACUCACCCUCCCAGGGAUCAUCUGGCUCCUCCAACCCACCUGGAAAUGUCAGUAAUCUGCAAACAUCUGGGAAAGAGGGGCCAUCACAGACUCACUGGACUAACAGGCUGGCUCAGUCUUUUCCGAAGCCCAUUGAAAGUAAGCCCCUUCUGAGCCAGAGGGAAACACCUCCCUCCAGCAUGCUGCAGCAGCGAGGUGAGAGGCGGCCACUCAGCGAUACCUUCGACAGCUGGAACAACACCCCCCACUAUGAUAACACGGGUUUUGUCGCAGAGGAGACGCCUCUUGACACUCCGGGCAGCAGUGCUGGAAACCCCAUGCUAGGCUCAAAGCCUCGAAGUGCCUCAAUGGCACAUGGCCGGCGGCCUCUCAUGAGACAAGAGCGCAUUGUGGGAGUUCCUCUAGAGCUCGAUCAGUCGCAACACACUUUCCACACUGUUCGCACCACCCCUGAAACUGAAGUGCCUCCAGCCUCUAACCCCUGGCAGAACUGGACGAGGACUCCCAGUCCAUUCGAGGACAGGACAGCUUUCCCUUCCAAGUUGGAAAUUACUCCAGCCAACAGCCCCAAUCCUGAUCGUAGGGACUUCGAACAGGAGAUGGGAGAACUACGCGGCACUUUUCCCUCAACUGGAGCCUGGGGGUUUCUGGACUCUACGGACUCAGGGACGGGACGAGGUCAUCCCAACAUUUGUUCGCUUGUCCAGGGUGUAAAAGAACCGAACAAAAUAGGCACUUUGGUUGUUAGCAAGAGUUCUGAGAGACUUUCGCCAAUGAUGAAGGAGGUAAAAGCGAAAUUUAGGAAAUCUCAGAGCAUAGAUGAAAUCGAUACUGGGUCAUACAAGGUUUACAGCAUCCCCUUGGACAGCUACAGUUCUAGCAUAGAAAACCAGGGAAGUGUUGAUAGAGCAGACUUCUCUGUACCUCUAGAACAGAGCAUGUCAAGGAGCCAAUCUGUUCCAAUGCUGGACGAUGAUCUGGAUGGCUUUGGUUUGAAAAGCUCUCAGCAACAGAAGCCUGCCAUCCCAAAGAAAGUUUACCAUUUUGACCAAAGCUUCAACCCACAAGGAGCCAUGGAUGUUAUGAAAACGGAGAGGAGAGUUCCUCCACCAUUCCCCAAUGCCCCUGAAUAUGUAAACCAACCUGGGAAGACAUUGCCAAAGGAACUUGUGAGCCCGAGAGGCUACCGAGGCUAUCCACCAGUGGAACAGAUGUUUUCUUUCGCUCAGAGUGCAGUCACCGAUGAUGCCAUCAAUCCACAGCUCUCAGUCCAGCCUCAGCGCUCCAGGCCGGGCUUCCUGAGGCGCGCUGACUCUCUGGUAAGUUCAACAGAGAUGGCGCUGUUCCGAAGAUUAGCUGAGAACCAAGAGCUGCAGCUGGCAGAGCACUACAACAGGCCCCAGCAGAGCAUGCUGGAACAACAAAACAGCUUGUCUACCAUCACUGACACCCAGUUCCACAAGAGGAAUGGUAGGUAUGACGAAGAUUACUCGUCUUAUCAAGAACCCAAAAAGCCAAUCAUGGGUUACCCCACCAAGAGUCUGACACAACGUCGCCCCCUGUCUGCACGGAGCUACAGCACAGAGACAUAUGGGGCAUCUCAGGCAAGGCCAGUGUCUGCCCGACCCACCAUGGCUGCACUGCUGGAGAAAUUGCCUUCAGAUUACAAUCUUAGUACAUGCAUUGAAAAGAGCCCUGAAGCAGACAUGAAGAUGAGAUCUGUCCUUCAAAAACAAGAGGACCCGACCUCCAAAAUGCCAGUAGAUUGGAGACAGCAGCUGCUUAGACACAUAGAAGCCAAGAGGCUAGACCGGAGCGCUGUCCUUAAGCACAACACAGUAAACUUUGGCAUGCUGUACUCUGGAGGCUAUGCUGCACCGCAUGCCAGCAGAAGCAUGACAAUAAACUUUUACAAUAACACAAAGCAUGAAAACCAAACAACUCAGUGGCUACCUCUACCAAAUACACCUUCACAACAGAGCAAUAUUUUAGAUAAUGGACAAGAGGUGGUUUCCCCGAAUAGCCAGUGGGCCCCAUAUUCACUGGGACGAAGAGACGUGCCACCAGUGAACAUGAAUGUCAUCAAAAAGCCUGGUGUUCACAAUCAUCCCCAUCAACAACAGACUAUGAUGAUGACCUCAGCCACCCCUCCUCACCGGACGGCCCGUGACCAGCAGUAUGAGGGGGCCAUCAACAAGGUGUCCAUCCAGCAGUACCAGUCACCUCUGCCCAUGCCCAUCACCACCACCAGCCCCCGGCCUCAGAGCGCCCGCUGCUUCAUCCAGACUAAAGGCCAGAAGAGUAUGGAUGGCUUUCCAGAGCAGCUCUGUGUGAGGAUCGAGAAGAACCCUGGCCUUGGUUUCAGCAUCUCAGGGGGAAUCAGUGGACAGGGGAACCCCUUCAAGCCCUCGGACAUGGGUAUCUUUGUUACUAGGGUACAGCCUGAUGGACCUGCCUCCAACCUUCUUCGACCAGGGGACAAAAUUCUGAAGGUCAACGGACAUAGUUUCUUACACAUGGAGCAUGAAACCGCAGUGUCUCUUCUGAAGAAUUUCCCGAAAACUGUGGACUUGGUAAUCUUAAGGGAGAGCACAACAUAAAUAUUUUUAUAGCUUAAAGACUUCUCACCCAGAUGGAACACAGGAACUUGUACAUCAUCUUUUUAUCUAGGAACAAUUUUGCCAAUUGCUGGACCAAUGGCAAAUUCCAGUGCCAAAUGUACACUAGAGGACAUAUCUAAUAAUGUUACAUACGGCUUACACAUUCUACACAAACAUACAUUGGUUGAAAUCUUUCGUUGAUGUUGCUGAUAUUCUUCUUUAUCUCAGCCUGUGGCUGUAAGUGGGUGCAUUUUUUUCCUGCUUAUUUAUAUGGCGUAUUAUUUUGUACCUAUUUUUCCUAGCAGCUUUUCGGUUUAAUCUUGGAGCAUGAAAGCACAUCUGCUUUUAAGGACAUUUACCCACCAUAACACUGCCUCAACUUUGUAAAUGCCUUGUGUAAAUAUAUACAUUUACGACUCAAAUGUGAUAAGAGUGUAGAAUGUGAAUGAAAGACGCAUUGAUGAUUUUCUAACACAUCGAUGAGUUUUUGUAAAAGUUUAGAAGAGACAUCCUUCUCAUGCAAACAACAAUUUAGGGAAAUCGAAAAAGUCCCCUUUUAAUCUUGAUAAACGCUAACAUUCUGUAUUUGCACAAAUCAAAUGACAGAAAAGAUUCCCCAAGCAAUAUUUCUUCCAUUUUUGUGGCUUUCCUGCAGCACCCUCUAUUGGUAGUCAUGGAUUUGUCCUAGCCCAGAUCAGGGUGGGUCUUAUUCAUUCGCUAAGUCAUGUGAAUGUACAUUUCCAUGUUUUUUUUUUUUAAUUCCCAUGUUCCUUUGUUUGUUGCCAGGAAAAUUCAUACACAUCUGGCAGUUUAUUGUCAACACAGUUUUCUACAUAAAAAUGUACUUUCAUAUCACAAUACAGUUUAAGUGAAAGAAAAAGGCAAAAAAGCUUAAUUCCAGUUGCUUUGUUGUUGUUACGCUGCUUUAAGGUUUUUAAAUAUAUUUUUUUUUUUUUACGGAAUAACGGGGAAUUCCUGUCAUAAUAAAACAGACUACAUACAGUGUAAACAUUUAAAGCUUUACUGAUUAGCGCAUGCUUUCAAUCUUAAACUUGUUUUAUUAGGAUGCUUAUUAGGGGGUCAAUGUGUUUUGGAAAAACUUUUUACAUAACCAUUGUUUUACAUCUCUUUUGGCCUUUUUUUCCCCCUUUUAAAUCAAUCAUCGUUGUGAUAAACAGUGCCAUAAUAUCCCUCCAAAAAUCCUGGGCAUGUUUCAAAUGUUGCUAAAAAUGUAGCAUUUAGAAGGAGAGUUUCGAGCCGAAAUGCACUCUGAAAGACCCCAACACAACACCCACUGCAUUUAGCUUCAGAGGAAUAUUGUUGAUUAUUAAAGAUUAUUAUGGAUGAUGCAAUUAAUUGUUCAAAUACUAUUGUGAAAGAACAUUUGAUAAUGAUUAUUUUUACUACAUGUUUUCAAAUAAUGCUUUCUAAUAUAUCGAUAUAAUUAGCUAUGCUCAAAUUGUUACAUUUUAUAAAGAACACAAAACCAAUGUAUGGACAGAGAGUUCGACUGCGAGAAAAGGAAACACUAGAAACAAAUAUGUACAAUUCUUUCUAAAGUAAUUGUGAAUUUGUGUCAUAAACAUAUGUAUAUGAAUAUACAAAUUGUAAUUUUUGUAUGUGUUUAAAGACCUAUUGAAUAUAAAAAGGUAAUAUAUGGUACUAUUCAGUCUACUUGCUGUAUUGAUGUAAAUAACUAUGAAUGGAGACAUUUAAAUUAUUUAUUCCAAUAGAUUGUGAAUGUACUUAAAGCUUUCUGCAGUAUUAAGACUUAUUGAACUUGAAUGCCGUUUCAUUUUUGUGCAAAAAGUAAUUAUAUCUAGAAUAAAUUAUUCUAUUUAGUUCAAAAGAAUUAGUGACAAUUUAUCAUAUCAUUUAUUUGCACAUGCAAGUUUACUCCUU